AUGGCGAGCUCAUCGAUCAAGCAUGAGGCUUCCUCGUCUACCUUUGAGGUGGACUCUCACAGCGACCAGUAUCUUGAGGGGCAGACCAAGACUUUCAAGUUGAUCGAUGCAGCCAGGGUUUCCACCACUGCCCUCGCCCUACUCUGUGGCAUCACUAUCAUGGGCCUCUCCGCCGAUGCCACAAGGGUCUACAACACGACGAGGCUAGAGGGGAGCCCUCUGCUCUCCAUGUGGCCCGAAUCUUUCGACAUGCAGCCAACUGUUGCUCUUGUCGCUGGAAGCUCUCUCGUCACCCUUGCAAACCUUGCAGCUCUGCUAUGCAGCAAGGUCCCUCGUCUCCGCAACAACACCCCCGUCCACACCCCGGUGAUGUUUGCCGCGCCUGUGGUUGGCUUCGUGGCCGCACUGGUGGCCGUCAUCGUCUUCUACGCGAUCAACGCCUCGGAAACGACCGACUCCCUGCUCAGUUGGACGUGCCGGUGGAGGUCAGUUCAAAUGGGGCAGGCCCCUUACUUUGGUACGCUGUGUGGCCAGUCCUGGGCGAGCGUGUACCUGGCUGUCGUCCUUGUGCCCCUGGAGGCCAUAGCUCUGUGUGCUGCGGGCUGGCAGCUCAAGGUCGAGAAGCACGUCACUGCAUACGCGCAUGCGAGGAAGGGAAGUCCUGUCGCGUGA